AUGGGAAACCUGCUCAAAGUCCUUACAAGGGAAAUUGAAAACUAUCCACACUUUUUCCUGGAUUUUGAAAAUGCCCAGCCUACAGAAGGAGAGAGGGAAAUAUGGAACCAGAUCAGCGCUGUCCUCCAGGAUUCUGAGAGCAUCCUCGCAGACCUGCAGGCUUACAAGGGCGCGGGGCCAGAGAUCCGAGAUGCGAUUCAGAAUCCCAACGACAUUCAGCUUCAAGAAAAAGCUUGGAAUGCAGUAUGUCCUCUGGUUGUGAGGCUAAAGAGAUUUUAUGAAUUUUCCAUAAGGCUAGAGAAAGCUCUUCAGAGUUUAUUAGAGUCUCUGACCUGUCCACCCUACACGCCAACCCAGCACCUGGAACGGGAGCAGGCCCUGGCAAAGGAGUUCGCGGAAAUUCUCCAUUUUACCCUGCGAUUUGAUGAGCUGAAGAUGAGGAACCCAGCUAUUCAGAACGACUUCAGCUACUACAGAAGGACAAUAAGUCGCAACCGCAUCAACAACAUGCAUCUAGACAUUGAGAAUGAAGUCAAUAAUGAGAUGGCCAAUCGAAUGUCCCUCUUCUAUGCAGAAGCCACGCCAAUGCUGAAAACCCUUAGCAAUGCCACCAUGCACUUUGUCUCCGAAAACAAAACCCUGCCAAUAGAGAACACGACAGACUGCCUCAGCACAAUGACAAGUGUUUGUAAAGUCAUGCUGGAAACGCCGGAGUACAGGAGUAGGUUCACAAGUGAAGAAACGCUGAUGUUCUGCAUGAGGGUGAUGGUGGGGGUCAUCAUUCUCUAUGACCACGUUCACCCCGUGGGAGCAUUCUGCAAGACAUCCAAGAUUGAUAUGAAAGGCUGCAUAAAGGUUUUGAAGGAACAGGCCCCGGACAGUGUGGAGGGGCUACUGAAUGCCCUCAGGUUCACUACCAAGCACUUGAAUGAUGAAUCAACUUCCAAACAGAUUCGAGCAAUGCUUCAGUAGGAGCUCUGCUCAAAGAAGAGGAUCUAUGUACUGACCUCAGAAGAUGUAUAUGUUUACAUAAUUUAAUACAGAUUGAUGUUAAUACUUGUGUAUUUACAUAACCGUUUCCUUCUUGUCACUGAAAUAUAUGGACUUUAACUUGUAUCUUGACUGACUCAACCCAGCAGAGCAUAAAUUGACUUGAGAGCCUAACCUUUGAUGUCUGAAACAAAACCCUCUUCUCCAAAGCCAAAAUUUGGAGAUGUUGAUCUUUACUACUGGAGUCCUUUAACUACACCUGUAACAAUCCAAAAUUCCCAAUAGUUUGUGGUAGCGUUUUAAUUCUAGAUGUGUAAUCUCUCUGGGAAGUUUACUUAUAGAAACACGAAGUAUUUGAUUUCCUGUGCCGGCUUGGCUACAAGAAACACAACCGUUAUCCUGACA